CUGUGCUAAGAAGCAGCAAAUGUCCAACAGCAGCUCCCUCACCCAGUUCCUCCUCCUGGCAUUUGCAGACAGGCGGGAGCUGCAGCUCCUGCACUUCUGGCUCUUCCUGGCCAUCUCCCUGGCUGCCCUCCUGGCCAACGGCCUCAUCCUCAGCGCCGUAGCCUGUGACCACCACCUGCACACCCCCAUGGGCUUCUUCCUGCUCAACCUCUCCCUCACAGACCUGGGCUGCAUCUGCACCACUGUCCCCAAAGCCAUGCACAAUUCCCUCCAGAACACCACAACCAUCUCCUACAUGGGAUGUGCUGCACAGCCCUUUUUCUUUUUCUUCUUCAUGUCAGCAGAGUAUUUCCUCCUCACCAUCAUGUGCUACGACCGCUACAUUGCCAUCUGCAAACCCCUGCACUACGGGACCCUCCUGGGCAGCAGAGCUUGUGCCCACAUGGCAGCAGCUGCCUGGGCUGCUGGCUUUCUCAUUGCUCUUUUGCACACAGCCAACACAUUUUCCCUGCCCCUGUGCCAGGGCAAUGCCCUGGGCCAGUUCUUCUGUGAAAUCCCACCCAUCCUCAAGCUCUCCUGCUCACACUCAGGCUACCUCAGGGAAAUUGGGCUCAUUUGGGUUAGUGCCUGUUUAGUGUUUGGUUGUUUCAUUUUCAUUGUUUUCUCCUAUGUGCAGAUCUUCAGGGCUGUGCUGAGGAUCCCCUCUCAGCAGGGACGGCACAAAGCCUUAUCCACGUGCCUCCCUCACCUGGUCGUGGUCUCUUUGUUUAUCACCACUGGUAUGUUUUCCCACCUGAAGCCCCACUCCAUCUCCUCCCCAACACUAGAUCUGGCACUAUCAGUUCUGUACUCGGUGGUGCCUCCAUCACUGAACCCCCUCAUCUACAGCCUCAGGAACCAGGAGCUCAAAGAUGCCCUGAGGAAAAUGAUGACUGGAUGCUUUUCAGGAGCAAUAACCUGCCUUAUUUCUUCUGUGUCUAGAGCUUUCCGUCGCGACAAAUUGGCGCCCGUGUGCAGGGACCAGAGGAGGGUCCCUAGGGGAUCAAGUCGGAUCUCCUGGGUCGGAGUCAAGUCGGACUCGGAGUCAAGUCGGACUCCCGAGAGCCAAGUCGGGUUCUCGCAGCCACGGUCGGACGUAGGAGUUUCGGUCGGUCUUGCCGUGCAGCACAAGAAGGCGAAAGGGCUGGAUGAAAAAGAGCUCAACUUGCCGCCGCCGGACGCCUCCCUUUCGGGGAUUUCGGACGGCGAAAGAGUUAAGUUCCGUGCUUCCAGGGCCCGGCGCCCGGGACGACUCCUGAAGAAGGAGGCCCGCCGACAAAGCCGCAAAGUCUCGUGGAAAGGGCUGCACAAAGCGUGGUAA